AUGUCGAAGGCUUGCCAGGUUUCGGAGAAGGAGCUCCUGCAGUUGGCCCUAGUACCAGCCAUGAGGAGACGCAAGAGCAUGGAACACCUCAUUGAACCCUUGAAUCUCGCCCUAGACCACCGACCCUUUGGCGCAUCCUCGUCCCCAUACAGAAAUGUGUCUACCAAAACGGCUCUGGCUAGUUCUUCCUACCAAAAACUGAGCGCAGAAGUACCGGAAUCUCCUUGCUCCACACCUUCUGGUUCUUCUGAAAAGCAGGAAGACGUGCAUACAGCAGUUUCGGGAAAGUCCAGUGUAUCAAGGCCAGAACUCAAGCCUCAAAGUCUCAAAGUUUCUGUGGAAGUAAAAUCGCAAGUGCUUCAAGAAUUCCCACUAACUUCGGAGGCAGUGCGAACGCCGUUAUUGGAACAUCCCCCUACACUCAUUAAUCCAACACUCACUACAGAAGAGAAUUCAGUGUCACCAAAGGUUUCAGAACCAAAAAUGGAAAAGAAGAUCGUUAAGCUGGCAGGAGUUGAUGUUAGCAACAUUGCUGCUGAGGAGCCUCUCAAAGCUUCGGCAAGUUCAGCGUUGCCCAUAAUUGUUGCCCCUCCCAGAAUUGGCAUAGCUAAAGGACCUACGAACAUCGCAACAAGAAAAUCUACUCCCAUUCCAAUUCGCCCACCUCGUCGUGAAACUGUUCGCUUUUCUAUCUCUCCAUAUCAAUCAGAAGAAGAAGGACCACUUCAAACCAAAAAAGACGAACAUGCUGCACCAUCAAAUAAGGGUGAAGAUCUUCUACCUGAUGACACGCAGCACUCCGAUCAUAAGGAAGCCUUUGAAUCAAAGUGCAAAGAAGCUCCAACGGGGAUCGGCAAGCUAGAUCUGGAAUGAGAAACGGAUGCCCAUAACUUCUUCCUGAAAAUCGUUAUGGGAGAGUUUGAGGAAGCUGUGCCCAAAUAA